AUGUGGCCCUUUGGUAGCUCCUAUCCAGAGCGCACGCCCGAGGAUGUAGACGGGAAGAUAUACGACUAUGUGAUUGUCGGAGGUGGCGCCGCUGGCUGUGUCUUGGCCUCGCGCCUCUCUGAGGAUCCGGCAGUAUCUGUGCUGCUCCUUGAAAAGGGCUUUGUCAAAGACAAUCUCUUUAGUCGCAUCCCGCUGCUCUCCCAGAAUCCCAUGAUGUCUGGGUUGCAGGUCGUCAAGCAUUUGAGUCAGAUGCCCUCGGCAUUGAACCGAAAGUUAUCUCUCUUCUGGGCAGAGGCGCUUGGAGGCUCAACUCGCAUCAACGCCAUGCUGCUGACUCGAGGCCCACCUGGCAACUACAAUGAGUGGUCGCAGGAUUUGGGCUUAAAAGAUUGGGGCUGGGAGAGCGUAGAGCCUUACUUUCGCAAGAGCGAAAACGCCAUCGGCCAUCCAGAUGCCGAAUAUCGAGGCCAUCAUGGACCAGUCGAAACCCGCCAGCCUGCCUAUCCAUUCUCUUUUCAUCCCUACGUUGAGAUAGCCGCCCGCAGACUCGGGCUUCCUGUCCAUGACGACUGUAACGACCCAGAUGCGAGCGCGCAGGGCUACUUUCGCCUAGACCAGGCCAUUGAUAGCAACGGGAGACGCAUCUCUGCGUACCAGGCAUGGCUUAGCAAAGAGACUGCUAUCGCUCGAGCAUCACACCUUACUGUGUGCACCGGCGUAACGGUUUCAAGACUUGAUAUCGAUACAAAGUCUCGCAAGGUCAUUGGCGUCCAAAUUCGGCGCAGAGGGCAGACAGACAAGCGUGAGUGCUAUGUUCAGGCACGACGAGAAAUCGUGCUCUGCGCCGGGGCAAUCGGUACUCCACAGAUCCUGAUGAGAAGCGGCAUCGGACCCAAAGAUCAUCUUCAACAACUUGGGAUUCCCAUCGUUCAAGAGUCAUCCGCUGUAGGCAACAAUCUGAUGGAUCAUGUCGCUGUGCCCGUCAUGUCGCGCGUUCCAACUCGAGAUACUAUUCACAGCCUUUAUAAUCCGUUUGUAUUUAUCUGGCAGUUUAUUCUCUGGUUGUUUUUCGGUCGUGGUCUCUUAUCAACCUCUUCAACAAGUUCCACCAUCUUUGCUCGUACGACUGCCAUUGACGAUGCAACUAUGCAGCCGCAGAACGCGCCGGAUAUUGAGGUUAUGAUCAUUCCCGUUGAAAGCUACUUUGACGUCUACAUCACGGAGCAUUCACUCUUGACAUGGCUAUGUACAUUGGUGCAGCCUUUCAGCAGAGGCAACAUCAGGCUUACCACCACAAAUCCCGAGCACCCUCCUGAAAUCACUCACCCUCUUCUUAGAGACGAGAGAGAUUUCCAACCGAUGCGAAAGGCCAUUCGCUUCGCGCUGCGACUAGGAUUCACGAAGCUACUGCCAAAGCAACAGAGGAUGAUGGGUGGCACAACUGAGCUUCCAGAGUGGCAGGACAUAUCAGAUGAGGCCAUCGACGACUAUACCAAACGUGCUUACCAGAGCGCUUUGCACUACUCCUGUACUUGUCGCAUGUCGCUCGACGCAUCGGACGGUGUUGUAGACCAGAAACUGCGUGUUUUUGGCAUCGAAGGGCUUCGUAUUGCCGAUGCCAGUGUCUUUCCCAAGAUUCCCAGUGCGCACACAAUGGCGCCGACAAUGAUGGUGGCCGAGAGAUGUGCCGAUUUCAUCAAGGAGACAUGGCGUGAGAAGUAG